CGCUAUGUUUGGGGUCCUUUCCUAUGGUCAGAUAAUAAAAUUAGUAAAUCCUUAGGUCACCUAGCAAGACCUGCCUCGUUUGUCAUCAGCAUUGAUCUGCGGUAGCUGGCUGGGACUCCAGGCCUCCGGGGCAUUGUCACAGCACCUUACGCGUGCAGAGGAGUGUGUGCCGUGACAGGAAAUCACAUAAACCCAGAGAGUCUGAGACUGCAGCAGAGGCACUGCAGACUCCUCUGCCACUCGGGGGCUGUGAGCAGAAUCCUGUAUCACUCCUUCUCACGGGGAGCAAGAGCCCUCCACUGAAAUCCUCCCACCAUGCUGGGGCUGCUGCUGCUGCAGGUGUUGGCCAGCUGCCUCUGGCUGGGACACAGCGAGGUGGUGAGCUCCUUUGCAAGCUGUUCUCAGUUCUUCUAUGCAGGGAUUCCCCCAAAUGAUGCCCUGAAUCCAAAGAACCCAUCCUGGAUCUGCCAGCGGUACAGCAACUCGUAUCACUAUGCCACCCUGUACGACAGAGACAGGAGAAUUCCAGUGUACUCUGCUUACAAAUACCAGCCUGGAGAUGCCAAGAGACCUCACUCAUGGUGGUUUGUUGAGCCCCAGCUGAUAGGUAAAAAUAAUCUUAAAGAGAUGGAAAGAGAGUCGGUCCUCGUAGAGCAACACAAGUUCACCUUAGACCAAAUCAAACAGAGCCAGGCUGUCCUUAAUGACUACAAUGUGACUGGUUUGGACCGUGGCCAUUUGAGCCCCAAUGGCCAUCAGUACAGUAGAGAAAGCAAGACAGCUACCUUCACCCUCACCAACAUAGUCCCCCAGGAUAGCAGCCUCAACAAGGGCCAGUGGAACAUCUACGAGUCUAAAAAGAUGCCCACAAAGACCAAGGGCUGUACAACGACCUACGUAAUUACGGGUGCUGUGCCUGGGAACACCUACAUCGCUGAAGGGAGGGUCAACAGACCCAGCCACAUCUGGUCGGCUGCCUGCUGCGAGGGGGACAAAAAACGCAAAGAUGCUUGGGGGGCCAUCGCUGAGAAUGACAAGAACGAAGUGGAAGAGCUCAGUCUAGGGGAGCUGGAGAAGAGGUUGACCAAGCUCUACGGGGGAAAGGUUACUCUGUUCAACAAUGCCUGUCCCCGGCAAUAAGCUUCACAUCCUCAAUGAAAAAGGCUCAGUGCCUUUUCCUACAUGUCACAGAAUCACAGAAUAGGUUGGUUUUCAUGGGAUCUUAAAGCCUUAAUGAUCAUCUCAUUCUGACCUACUCACCAUGGGCACGGAUGCCGUCCAGUACACCAGGUUAUUCCAAGCACUCCCCAGCCCAGCCUUGAACCCUUCCAGGGAUGGGGCAGUCAGAAUAUCUCUGGGUAACUUCUACUUGUACUGCACCCUCCUCAGGGUAAUUUAAUUCCUUACAAUAUCAUACAUAAGCAGCCCUCCAUCAGUGUGAAA